CAACCAUAAAAGCAUCCUUCAAAGUUUGACAGUUCGGUUCCUUAUCGGGAAAAAAUGUGUUUGCAACUGUUAUUUCACCGCUUAGAACAACAAUCGAAUUAAAACCAUGUAAUAGUAAAGUAGUUGUCUGCAACCAAAUCCACAAAAGACGUAACGGUGCCGUAAGCCCCCAUCUGGUGGCUGCAGACGCAAGUGCCGGCUAAAACAAGGCGUUCACUAGUGGGUGUUUGAGUCGCUUACCUCUGUUUAUCUAAAAUCCGCUUAUCAGUGUGGACACAAAGGUGAUAAAAUGAACUACUCGUCUUGCAGAUAACGUCGCGUCGACCCGAUGGACGCACGUUAAGGGGCCCCCAAAAGCGCCGCCAUGGGCAACAAGAACAGCUGCUGCUCGUACUCCAGCCCGCAGACCAGCCAUCGCGUCAUCAUCCCCAUCGAAGACACGCUGAAUGAGGGCGAGGUUAGUGUCAGUAACCUGCAGCAUAUCAGUGAGCGGGAAGCCGACGACGGCGACGCCGACCCCUCGCAGGACCCCACAGCCAAGACCAUCUUCAUCGAGCGCUCCAAGACGGCCAUCGAGAAUGGCAUGAUCCGCAGGAAGAGCCAGCACCAGAUCGCCGAUUUGCGCCCCCUGAAGAAAAGCAGCUCCUGUUCGACGAUCUAUCUGGACGACAGCACAGUCUCGCAGCCCAACUUGAAGAACACGGUCAAGUGUGUGGCCUUGGCGAUUUAUUACCACAUCAAAAAUAGGGAUUCGCAAAGGGAGAUUGAUAUUUUCGAUGAGAAGAUGCAUCCGCUUACGAGGGAUGGGGUCAGUGACGAUUAUGACAAGCAUAAUCCGGAACAUCGACAGAUUUACAAGUUUGUGAGGACUUUGUUCAAUGCUGCUCAACUGACUGCUGAGUGUGCCAUUAUUACUCUAGUGUAUUUAGAACGGCUGUUGACAUAUGCAGAGUUAGAUAUACAACCUUCCAACUGGAAAAGAAUAGUCUUAGGUGCAAUCCUCUUAGCUUCCAAAGUAUGGGAUGACCAAGCCGUGUGGAACGUAGACUACUGCCAAAUCCUCAAAGACAUAACAGUAGAGGACAUGAACGAAUUAGAACGUCAGUUUCUCGAGUUGCUCCAAUUUAACAUAAAUGUCCCUUCAAGCGUAUACGCAAAAUACUACUUCGAUCUACGUACCUUAGCAGAAGCGAACGAUUUGACGUUUCCUAGCGAACCAUUAAGUAAAGAUAGAGCUCAGAAAUUAGAAGCCAUGUCCAGAGUAAUGGAAGAUAAAUAUACAACGGAAGCGAUCAAAAACGGACUGAAAAAAUGGUCCAGUUUAGAUAAUAUAACGAACGGUGGGACUGCGGCGAGGAGAAGCGUCGCCAUUUUGUCGUGAUCAAAAAGAAUUUUUUAUUUUUUAAGAGAUCUACCAAAGUAUUUCUAGUGGAAGUUUUUAAUAUUCUUUUUUCUUAGAUCUUUUUAUUUCCGAUUCAUAUUUAUUAUAUUGAUGCUUUUGUGUUUGACUUAUUUAUUACCGGCAACUCACUCAAUUAUGUUACGUAAUUUAAUGGAAAAAAGCCUAAUUGACUGUAUUUACUUAUUAUACUUAUGUUAUAUGUUAUUGUUUUGUUUCUGUUGCAGUGUGUCACGUGACAGAUGGCGAUUUGAUUGUGAUGCACUGCCAAAUCAAAUGCCAACUUGUAUAUAAAAAAAUAGUGAUUUAAACUUUCCAUUCCAGAAUAAAAGUAUGUCAGGGAGAGUGUUUAUCCAUAAAUGAAGAUGAGAUUAUAUUUAAAAUUGCACAACCCUGCUUUUAAUACACGUCCACUAUAUGAAAUAAGUGAUUUUUGAUAAUUAUGUUGAAGGACAAUCCUGUAAUAUGAUGCCUAUUUUCAAUUUUUAUACUAUACCAGGCUUUGUCUAGAAAAAGUGAAAAUAUACCUGUAAAAAAACUA